CUAUUGUAAAAAAAAAUAAAAAACAUAUCAAUAAAAAGCAUUCUCUCAAAAUGGCUGACGACGAUCUAGAAGCUAUUCGAGCUAGGCGUAUGGCAGAGCUGCAAAGUCAGCAGGGGCAUGGUGAUGGAGCUAAAGCACAAGCUGAACAACAAGCAAGAGAGAAUGAGAUGAAGAAUGUCAUACUUGGUCAAGUUUUGGAUCAGAGUGCUAGAGCCAGAUUAAAUACUAUUGCUAUUGCAAAACCAGAAAAAGCACGCAUGGUUGAAAACCUCAUUAUUCAGAUGGCAAGGACUGGCCAACUGCAAGGACAAAAGUUGUCUGAGGCUCAACUCAAGGAUCUCUUAGAACAAGUGAGCUCAUCAACACAAAAAAAGACAACUGUGAAGUUUGACCGUCGACGAGCCCACAUGGAUGAUUCUGAUGAAGACUUCUAAGCCAGCAUCAUAAGUUAGUGAUUGUUUAACUGAAAUAACUUGUGUGAUAAGCCCAAUACAAAAUGUAUUUACUGUGGUCUCACUUAUGUCACUUUAAAUAUACUGUGUUUUAGACAGUCUGUCAUUGCCAAUAUUUUCUCUGUGCCUUUAAUUUUAAGUUGCAGUUUUUCUUUUAAUGAAGAAAGGGCUAUACACUGGUUGGCUCUAAGGAAGAGCAUUUAUAUUUUAAAAGGCUUUAUAUUUAACUACUGGUCAUAAAAAUUUAUUCUUGAUAACAUUAUUGUAAAAUAUUAGCUCAGCCUAAACCCAACAACCCUUACCUAUAACAUCAGAACUCAAGUGAUUGUGCUGGCCACACAAUCUUCUAGUCCUUAGCCAUUGAAACAAGCAAACUUUAUUUAACCUGCACUAUGAAGCAGCCCCCCCCCCCCCCUUUUUUUUUUUUUUCAAAUUAGUCAAGUCUCAGUUCUUUAGUAAAGAAUUUAUAUUAUUUAUUGCUACAAGCUAUUUUAGUUCAUUUUUUUUUUUUUAAUUAUGAGCAAUUAAUACUUAAAGUUAUUCUUGCAAAAAUUGUGCUUUUCAUUAUAAAAUUUGAACUUAUUUUUAGUAAUUCAGAAGCAAAUGCUUUAAGAAUAAUUUUUUUUUUGAUCAGAAAAAUAAUACAUUAUAAAAAAAUAUUCUUAUUACUACGCUUAACAAUUUUUCAGAGAUUAUGAAUUUUCGCCCAUUAUUGUAAUUUAAUUUUAUUUAUAGAAACUACUUAUUAGCUGGCACGGGCUAUUUUUUAUUAACACAAGGUUAUUAUCUACAGUAGAUAAGCCAACAUAUGCCUGCAUGUUGUAAUAAUCAAGAAAGAAAACUUGAUUUAGUGGCUGUCAUGUCUUGUGUCGCAUGACUAGAGUUUAAGUAAAUACUCAUGUUGUAUCUGAGACUGAAGUACUAUGUACAGGAGUGCUCAGUGAACCAAGUUAUUUGCAUGUAAAACCAGUAAGUUUGUACUUAUACAUUUCAUGUGCAAUUGGUCAUCAUAAAAAUGCAUUGAAAUGUUAUUGUAAAAUCUAAAUGCUGCCAAAUGUGCUCAUUUUCUUCUUGUUCUUGAGUUAUGUUAUUUGAUUUCCUUAUGACAGUGUGAGAAAGAUUGCUUCUGACUUUUUGUAUGGUGUUACAAUAAAACAUUUUGAUAAUAAAAUUUGGUAUGAAAAAAUUUUUA